ACAAAGUCAAAAUGCAUGUUAGCCAAUCCGAGUACAUUAAGGAACAAAAUUAUGACAAAACAAGUGACAGUUGAUACAAAAACAAAUAGUUUUGGUGAUAAUUGAAAAGUUAGUAUUUGAAUGUUUUGCUUAGCAUUUUUACUGAAUAUAUAAAGUAGUUAACCAGUAAUAUAUUGCAGAAAAUAUGAAUGUAGUUAUAAGACGGGUUUUAACGAGGCGGUCAUUUGCAUUAUGUGACAGACUUGCACAUAAAACUUUAUCUAAACAUAUACCCAUAACCUCAACAUGUCCUGUUAUACAAUUGCGAAAUUACUGCCAGGAGCGUUUGGAAACAGAAACGCGAAAAUUACCGCAGCUUAUGGAAUUCCCGCCUGUCGUGUGGCCUUCGUUUAUCAAGUUUAUAAAGAAUUGGAUGUUUGCUAAUUUUAUCAUCAGACCUUAUUUUGACCAAGAAUUCAGCUUAAAUGAGUUCAUUGAAGGAUCAAAACAUGCUGUUCAGGUUGUUUCAGAAUGCUUACAAAAGAGUGAUUUCAAGUCAUUAGAAGGUUUGGUAGAUAAGGAUGCUAUUGCGGCACUAAAGUCUGCCAUUUCAAAGCUCUCAGUCACACAAAGGCAGCUACUGUCCAUUGAGAAAGAAGACAUCUUUUAUGCCUUCCCAUAUCAGGUUGGUGUAAUGUUUGAUGAUGCAGACAAACGCUGGGUUGAAAUAACAAUGUGCUACCAUGUAUUCAGGGGGCUUAGACAUUUGAAAGAAGCUGGUGAUUUACCACCCAUCACCAUUGGAGUACAACCAGAAUACCAGGACAAGAUAUUUAUUCUAAACUACAGAUUUAUAAGGGAGUUCACUAAAGGAGUAGAAGAUAGUUGGUGGAUUAAUAUUGUUAACCACUUCCAGCCACAGAAUCUAAUAAAGAAAUAAUUUUAUUGUAAUGUUCAAGUCUUUGUUGCAGCUGAAACAAUUUUGUGGUUUUUGAUAGUUUUUGAUUGAUUAUACAAAUUAUACAUGUAACACUUUUAU